UUCCGCAAAAUGUGCGCAUCUGGUUCCUGAUUUCUGCGGGAUGAGCAUGAAACGUGCGAGUGAUAUGAUUGAGCAAAUUAGAGUUAGCGAACACACGAGGGGAUCUUUGUCAGUUGCCAAACAUGAUUAUCAACCGCCAAAAUCACCAAAUACACUACCUCCAAAACAACAACCCUAUGACUUACCACCAAACAAUUCCAGGAAUCAAAUGCCAGUAAUAACAUCACCUAUUCCAGAAAGGCCUCAUGGCGACCAACCACCAGUCAUUCCAAUGCAUCCCCCUAAAGAUAAAUCCGAUGUACCUAUUCCGACACCAUCACGUAAAGUUGGAUUGGAUGAUUUUAACUUCCUUGCCGUUUUGGGUAAAGGAAAUUUUGGCAAGGUUAUGCUUGCCGAAGAAAAAAAUACCAAAAGUCUUUAUGCCAUAAAAGUGUUGAAAAAAGAAUUUAUUAUUGAAAACGAUGAAGUUGAAAGCACGCGUUCCGAAAAACGUGUUUUUCAAGCGGCUAAUCGUGAACGUCACCCUUUUCUACUUGGCUUGCACUCUUGUUUCCAGACUGAAACCCGCAUUUACUUUGUUAUGGAGUAUGUUAGCGGUGGUGAUUUGAUGUUACAUAUUCAAAGAGAACAAUUCACUUAUCGACGUGCACAGUUCUACGCCGCUGAAGUUCUACUUGCCUUAGAAUAUUUACACAAACAGGGCAUUAUAUACCGUGAUCUUAAACUUGAUAAUAUAUUGCUCACACUUGAUGGGCAUAUUAAAAUUGCUGAUUAUGGUCUUUGUAAAGAAAAUAUGGGAUAUGGUGAUACGACAAACACAUUUUGUGGAACUCCAGAAUUUAUGGCACCCGAG